UGCAAAGUCUGUCAAUGUAAAGCUUGUCUUUGUAACCCUUCUACUGUUCAUUUCCUGUGCCAAUUGCAUUUUUUAUUUCCCGUCUCUCUACACUCAGUAAACAAAACCAUAUUAUCAAGGGAAAGAUGUGAGCCCAUUAACAUUGUGAGCCCUCAGAUUUCACUCGCAAGAGACGACGCAGCACUUAUCUGAUGGAACAGAAGCUUUAAUUGCUUCGAGGUACAAGCCCGUCCAAACCUCUGAGAUCUGACUGGUCCCUGGGAAAGCUUUGCGCCCUGGAGCCAAGCGCCUCGGAGGAAGCGUGCGUAGCACGGGUGCGUGCGCCAGCCUCCCGGGGAGGAGCACAACAAGCAUUCCACUCCUAGGACAGAUUCUUUAUUUUGACAACCCCUAGUCAGAAGAAGAAAUCUGCUAAACGUCUCACAAGGCAGAAACUUUAUCUUCAGUUCAAAUGGAAACCUGGCACUCCAACACUAGCCUUUAUCACGCCGCCACAGAUAUAAGGAGUGGAAGAGACUGGAGGGAAUGCUGCAAAGUAAUGUGAAAAUCCAGUCUAAAAGUGAAGGUUUUGUGCCGCCCCAGGUACACAGCACUUACAGCAGAAAAAUUUGUCUCAAGAGUCGGAGAGAAGGGGGAAAAGGAGGGAAAAUUAAACAUAUACUCAGGUUUAGGAGAGCGAUCAUAUCAGUGCCAAGAAAACUGAAAGCGCAUAGGGCUCAGAGAAAAGGGGAGAAACUUUACCUUCUCUGAAAGAGGGCUAGGAGCGACCCCCAAGGGCUGAGCGCCACGCUCUCUUUUAACCCUUUCCACGCCAUGGUGCCCACAUCCGCACCCGAGGGACCAGCCACCCAAGAUCCAGAAGAAAAGGCUCUCGAGCCCCCCCCACCUCCAGCCUCUCGUCCUCACUGGAGCGGUCAGUCCUGCGUUUCUGCCCCGCCCCGCCCCCAACCUGGUCCAAUACCUGUCCGGGGAGCAGGCAUCCCGCGUUCCUGCCCCGCCCUUCUCUAGGCAGCUUGUGGGCCGUACGGCUCUCCUCCCGGCUUGGGUGCUCAGGGCGGCGGCCACCCGCGGGUUUGGCAAAGUUGGCGGCGGGGCAGGCGCGUGGAGCCGCGCGCCAGUCGGGACCGGCGCCGUGCGGGGACGGCGCCCAUUGGCCGGCCAGCGCCACGUGGCCACCCUCGCCGCUAUAUUAAGCCACUAUUUACCCCCGGUUCGCUUGCCAUGGCUCGGCGAGGGCCGCUCGGCUAGUGAGCGAAGGCUGAGUGACGCAGACCACGGCAGUCCUGCCGGCCCCGAAUCCCGGCCGGCGCGCUCAGGUGGGUGGGCUGGAGCCAUGAGCUCCUACCUGGACUACGUGUCGUGCGGCCGCGGCAGGGGCGGCGGCGGCGACGUGCUGAGCUUCGCUCCCAAGUUCUGCCGCGCCGACGCCCGGCCCGUGGUCUUGCAGCCCGCUUUACCCCUGGGCAGCGGCGACGGCGCCUUUGUCAGCUGUCUGCCCCUGGCCGCGGCCAGAGCGGCGCCCUCGCCCCCGACUGCCCCAGCGCAGCCUCCCGCACCGGCUCCGGCCCCGCCCGCGUACGCGCCGUGCCCCCUGGAGGGGGCCUACGAGCCGGGCGCCGCACCUGCCGCGGCUGGGGGCACGGACUUUGGCCUCCCGGGGCCCGGGCCCGCGUAUGACUUCCCGUGCGCUCUCGGGCGGCCGGCCGACGACGGCGGGGCGCACGUCCACUAUGCCACCUCGGCCGUCUUCUCGGGCGGCGGCUCCUUCCUCCUCAGCGGCCAGGGGGAUUACGUGGCCUUCGGCGAGCCCGGCCCCUUCCCCGCGUGUCUCAAAGAGCCGGCCGACGGCCACUCCGGGGCCUUCCAGACCGCGUCCCCAGCCCUCGGCGCCUACCCCACAUCUGCGUCCCCGGCCUCUGGCCUCCCGGCCGCCUUCAGCACGUUCGAGUGGAUGAAAGUGAAGAGGAACGCCCCGAAGAAAAGCAAACUCGCCGAGUAUGGAGCAGCCAGCCCCCCCAGCGCGAUCCGCACGAAUUUCAGCACCAAGCAACUGACAGAACUGGAGAAGGAGUUUCAUUUCAAUAAGUACUUAACUCGGGCCCGACGCAUCGAGAUAGCCAACUCAUUGCAGCUGAAUGAUACCCAAGUCAAAAUCUGGUUCCAGAACCGCAGGAUGAAACAGAAGAAAAGGGAACGAGAAGGGCUUUUGCCGUCGGCCACCCCCGUGGCUUCCCUCCAACUUCCCCUCUCAGGAACGAGCCCCAUCAAAUCUGGCAAGAACCCGGGGAGCCCUUCUCAGGCCCACGAACCUUCAGAAAGUUUAGUCAUGAGGCCGAAGAACCAUGGCCUGCAGAAUUCAUAGGCCACCCCACCACUACCUGGACUUAUUAGCUCAGUUUGAGAAGGUGGUGGGCAUGGGCAGAAACAAUAGAGGUUUCACUUGGGAGAACUAUCUUAAGUGGCUUCUGAGUUCCAGGCUGUGGGUAUACAGAUGCUAAUUUAAAGUCUCUAAAGCCACUUAUUUGUGUCUUAUCAGGGAAAUGGUGCCCAGCCCUGCUGCUAUGUUGUCUUAGUUGUAUGCAAUUCUCGGUGCAGAGUGGCAGAGCAUUCCUUGCUGAGUUCUGCCAAGCCUCUGGUGUGCUCAGAAGAAGCAUCUACUCAAAGUUUUAUCUGGUUUUAAUUUAAAAGACUAGGCGACAUGUAUUCAGCUUCUAGAGAUGCCUAAAGCUAGUUAUAGGUAGGGCCUCCCUAAGCUAAGCUGCUUCAACAAUGGUCUUCACAUUUGCACUGCAGCCUUUCCCCCCCUUUUCUUUAAAAAGCAGUUUCUACCUCUUCAUGUGCCUGAGUGAAGAUACAAUCGCUGUUUAGUUGGUAGCUGAAGAAAUCCACAGGGUGGAUUAAGAUCCUGAACUAUACGUUGACACCAGUUACUCAAACUUGAAUGUAAAUAUAUACAGUAUGUAUAUUUUUUAAAAGGUUUGCUUGCAAUGAACUUAUAUAUGACAUUUAAUGUCAUAGCAUGUGAAGGGUUUGAACUUUUUUUUGUAAUA